AUGACAUUGAACCAAAUUAAAAAGUUCGAACACGCCAACAGCAUCUCCAUCAACGUCUACACCACUGAAGAAAAGAAGGUUCUACCGAUACGGCUCGCCACACGGAAGAUGGAGAGACAUGUCAAUUUGCUGUAUUUAGAAGGAGCAAACGGCGUGGGACAUUUCGUGUGGAUCAAAAACUUGUCUCGCCUCGUGAGCUCAUAAUUGAGUAAACAUAAACGCAGAAAAUACUUUUACGACAGAUGUUUGCACUACUUUAGUUCGAGUGAGAAGCGGGAAGCUCACACCGUAGAUUGCGAGAAGAUGAACGAAUGCGCAAUCGUAUUACCAGAUGAUGAAAGCAAGUGACUCAGCUUCGACAACUACAUCCGGAAAGAGCGACUUCCAUUUGUGGUGUACGCCGACCUUGAGUGCAUUCUGGAGAAAACUGAUCGAGAAGCACCAAGAUCCACAUACCAGCAUCAUAAAGUCUUUAGUAUUGCAUAUUAUGUUCAAUGCGCGUACGAUUCGUCCUUGUCGGUGUACCAAUGUCGUCGUGAUGCGAAUUGUGUUUCUUGGUUCGUCGAAGAAUUAAAGAAUUUGGCACAUUUUGUUAAAUCAAUUUUAUCAAAUAACAUACAAAUGGAUGAUUUAACGAGCGAACAGCAGGAGGAAUUUCGCAACGCAACACAUUGUCACAUUUGCGAAAAACCGUUUGGAGAAAACGAUACGAGGGUUCGCGAUCAUUGCCAUCUAACCGUUUUUCAUAAUUUGUCCGGUUACGAUUCGCAUUUUAUUAUCGAAGAAAUAGCUACAGCUUUCGAGGGUGCCGUCAGUGUAUUGCCGAUAACAAAAGAAAAUUCCUUGACGGGUGAUACAGUAUCGGAGAGCGAGUACGCGCACGCCGAGAAGAACGUGUGGACACAGUUUUUUAUUCAAACGCUGGGCGAGUAUAGCGAUUUCUAUUUGAAAACAGAUGUCUUGCUGUUGGCCGAUAUUUUUGAAAAUUUUCGUGAAAGCUGUAUCACAAGUUACGGACUCGAUCCCGCGUAUUAUUACACUCUGCCCGGUUUUACGUGGGACGCCAUGCUGAAGCAUACAAAAGUUAAUUUCGAAUUACUAACAGAUAUCGACAUGGUCCUCUUUAUCGAAUGCGGUAUACACGGCGGAUUAAGUCAAUGUUCAGGUAGAUACGCAAAAGUCAAUAAUAAGUACAUGCAGUCGUACGAUCCAUCGAAAGCAUCGUCAUACUUGAUGUACUUUGAUGUGAAUAAUCUGUACGGGUGGGCAAUGUGUCAACCAUUGCCAUAUGCAGAAUUUCGAUGGGUCGACAACGUCGCAAACUUUGACGUGUCUUCGAUUGCUGCCGAUUCGCCCACGGGUUACAUUCUAGAGGUUGAUCUAGUAUAUCCACACGUGCCAAACCACCUGGCAAAAGAGAGGGAAAGCUGCUCGCAACUCUAUACGAUAAGCAGCACUUCGUUAUCCACUAUCGUAAACUGCAACAAUGCACGCAACAUGGUAUUCGUAUUACAAAGAUACACCGCGUCCUCCAAUUCGCACGAUCACCCUGACCCCGCGAUUACAUCGAAUUAA